AUGACUUUGAAAUCGCUCAAAAGUAAAACGAAUAAGGCGUCAUUCGAUCCACCGUUUCGGCGGAAAACCGUGAUUAGCUUCUCCGAAGUCGACAUUAAAAUGAAAAUGGGCAAGAUACUGCUAUUAUUUAGUUUUUUUUCGACUACAACGAAAAGCGAGAGUUAUCGAGAGAGAAGAUUCCUAACGUUUCAUACUUUGGAGGAGAGAAUUAAGGUUGAUCUUGACCUUACGAUCCCGUUCAUAACGAUUCCAAUAAAAAAAUCGGAACAUUCUUCUGGACUUUUGGAUUUCCCUGUAGCGAAUAUUAAUCCAGCUGGUUUAGCAUUAGGCGGCGCUGUGGUACUCGGAACUACAGUAAUACUGCCUUUUCUUGCAAAGAGCUACACAGAAAAUCAUUUACCAAAAAAGUAUUUCAGAGUUUUGGACGACGCAGAGUUCGGCUCUGAUGUACUCAUUGAGUUUGCCGGUCAGAUGUUGAAUGAUAAACGCAAUUUACAAGGUUGCGCGUUGAGGAUAGCAUGCUGGAUGGCAACGAAUGAUUACAUCGAACCAGCGAGGGUCUUUGAGUUUAUUGUCAGCAACAAACUGCUAUCAAUGAUAGUGAAUUCAACAGCAGUGGAAGACGCAAUGCUGUCGGGAUUAAACGGAAGAGACUGUGUCUCUUAUCGACCUUGUCCGCUGAGGAAAGAAUAUUUAGAUCUAUUUCUAAAGAACGCGGCUAUGUUAAUCAAUAAACAAUUGAAUUUUACUUGA